AAGCCGAUUGCUUUUUCACAUUGAAAGAAGAAGCCCCCAUUUCUCUUUAGUCUUUAUCACGCCGUAAUCAUUGCACAACUACAAAGACUCUCCCUUUGACAUCCUAGGAAGGAAUAGAAGCACUAAGAAGUCAGAUUCUUUCAUUUGUUGCUGUUUUCUCGCUUCAAUGGCCGAUUCAAGGAGGUAUAUUUCCCAAGCAGAGCUUGAAAGCCACACAAAAACAGGAGAUCUAUGGAUAUCCAUACAGGGAAAGAUCUAUGAUGUGACUGAAUGGAGUCAAAACCACCCUGGGGGAGCACUUCCCUUGCUGAAUCUGGCUGGCCAAGAUGCCACUGAUGCCUUUGUAGCCUAUCAUCCUGGCUUAGCUUGGCAAUAUCUCGACAACUUCUUCACUGGGUACCAUCUCAAAGACUACUCUGUCUCUGAAGUUUCCAAAGAUUUCAGAAACCUUGCUGCCGAGUUUUCAAAAAUGGGUCUUUUUGAAAAGAAAAAACAUGGGACUGGCAUUUUGCUUUGCAUCAUAGCAUUGCUGUUUUGUACCAGCGUUGGUGGUGUUUUAUGUUGUAAAAGCACCAUGGUGCAUCUCUGUUCCGGAUUGUUAUUGGGAUUCUCAUGGAUUCAAAGUGGGUGGAUUGGACAUGAUUCUGGGCAUUACCAAGUUAUGUCCAACAGAAAAUUCAACAGAGUUGCUCAGAUCAUCACUGGAAACUGUCUUGCAGGGAUAAGUAUUGGUUGGUGGAAAUGGAACCACAAUGCUCAUCACAUUGCUUGUAACAGUCUAGAUUUCGAUCCAGAUCUUCAACACAUGCCCUUCUUUGCGGUAUCUUCCAAGCUUUUUCACUCGCUUACAUCUUGUUUCUACGAAAGGAAGAUGAACUUUGAUUCUGUUUCUAGGAUCUUGAUUAGCUACCAGCACUGGACAUUUUAUCCUGUAAUGUGUCUUGCUAGGAUCAAUCUAUUUGCACAAUCUUUCAUUUUUUUGUUGUCUAAGAGGCAGGUGCCACAUAGGGGUCAAGAGAUUUUGGGGAUCCUUGUUUAUUGGACUUGGUUUCCCUUACUUGUUUCUUGUUUGCCUAAUUGGGGUGAGAGAUUGAUGUUUGUGGCUGCCAGUUUUGCUGUAACCGGGAUCCAACAUGUUCAGUUCUGUUUAAACCAUUUCUCAUCGAAUGUCUAUGUCGGACCACCGAGCGGAAACAGUUGGUUCGAGAAGCAAACUGAAGGAUCACUCAAUAUAGUUUGUUCACCGUGGAUGGACUGGUUCCAUGGUGGUCUGCAGUUCCAGAUCGAGCACCAUUUAUUCCCAAGGUUACCUAGGUGCCAUCUCAGGAAAAUCUCGCCAUUCGUUAAGGGGCUAUGCAAGAAACACGAGUUGCAAUACAGUACGGCAUCGUUUUGGAAGGCUAACACGAUGACUAUCGGGACUCUUCGAUCAGCAGCAUUGCAGGCAAGGGAAGUGAGCAACUCAGUCCCAAGGAACUUAGUAUGGGAAGCAGUUAACACUCAUGGUUAAGCACUAUAAGUUUGGAUCAUCCUUGGAGGUUUUUGCAUGCUAAUGAAUCAGCUCGAUGUGUACCGAUUCCUAUAGGACUAAUAAAAUUUCCUGCAAUCGUGCAUUUUGUGCAGGUAGGGCAUCGGCUGGAUGUAAAAUACUGCAUUUAAUUCAGUGGUUUUCAUUUGGUAGUGUGUUGUUGUCCUCUUUCUAUGAUUCUUUGAGAGUCUCCCAUGGAUGUAACAUUUGCAGAGGUUGGAAUUUGUUGAUGUGUUUCUUUUUCAA